UUGUUUGAAAUGACGGUUACCGCCCGCUUGUUUGGGGUUAUUUACUGGAUGGUUGCGGGUCGGCUAUUGAAUCAAGUAUUAAUUGGCAACGAUAGAUUUCGUGUUGACGGAAAAUGUAUUCCACAAAGCGCUACUGAUGCAGGUCCGACGUACGGAACAAUCGAGGCAGCAGUGGUUGUAAGUUCCGAAUUAGCAUCUUCCUUCAAGGAAACUACUGAUCAUGAGCACCAACAACUACUUGACUACCUGCGCCUGUUAUUUACGGCCGUCAACCUCAACCUUCGGAGGACUGACACACAUAUUCUCGACUUGAAGCUUGUAGUCACUGACAUUAUGGUGCUGCAGGAAUAUUCAGAAAUUCUCACCGAAAGGUUUUCAAAGAACCCUAACCUACUCGAGGCGAGCUCCCCAGUUCCUUUGACAAAUUUUAUGAAGAGACAGAUCCACAUAUUUUCUGGUAUAGAUGCAGUGGUCUACCUUAGCAACCGUAAGUUCGGUCAUCAGGUUGAAGGAAGUUCCACGAAUAUUACAGCCAAAGGUCUAGCAUUUACUGGUUGCGCCUGCAGCGACCUUGGUGGUGCCGUUGUAUAUGUCGAUUCAGACCCAACAAGCAGCGCAGCAACUCUUACCCACGAAAUACUUCAUCUUGUAGGGGCAGUACAUGAUGCGAAAGCCGCACCCGUUCACCUGAAAGAUAGCCCUGGGGCCCUAAAAUGUCCGAAUGAUCCAAAAUAUAUUAUGGCAGAACAUUUUCAGCCAGACCCAGACUCCUUCCUCCCAUUGUCUACUUGCACCCGCGAUCAAGUUAAGGCUUUUAUAAGAAGCACAGAGGGCGAAUGCCUUUUAAAUAAGCAGGCAAGACAGACGCCACCGCUGUAUGAAGCAAUCCUGCGACAGCCCGUCGUGGGCGGAACGAGAUAUUGCAAAUACCUCUACCGUAAUGCUUCUGCAGUGGAAUACCUGCCGAAGUACAGCGAUGAAGACAACAUUGGAAACUGCAUUGUGGUUUGCAGAACAAUUGAUGAGGCUGGAGAAAUAGUACACAACAUGCACGCAGCACCAGACUACAUGUAUUGUGGCAACAUUAAUGGCAGACAAAAGGUCUGCAAAAGCCGGAUUUGCAUGGAGGUUCCACGUAAACAACCACCAUUACAUGAAUGGAUAUUGAAUCGGACAAGCGCUAAUAUUCAAGUAUCUUAUGCCUCGACUGGAUCAAACAUCGAUAAAAUAUCGGACCUUGGAGCCCCACUUCAAACAUAA